AUGAGUUUUCGUUAAACUAGAUGGAGAUUUUUGGCAGUGUCUUUAGCUGCUCUAAUCCUUUUAGGAAAUAAUUAUUCAUUUGAUAAUCCUCAAGCUUUGCAAACUUAAAUUUAAUAAUAAUUAGGAAUUAACAUUAUUCAGUUUAAUUUACUUUAUAGUGUCUUUGCUUUGCCUAACAUCUUUCUCACCAUUUUGGGAGGAAUGAUAAUUGAUCGACUUGGAGUGAGAUUUGGGAUUUUCACAUUUACUCUUAUAGUUACUAUCGGUUAAUUGAUAAUAGCUUUGGGGGGCAAAUUCAACCAGUACUCCCUAAUGUUGUUGGGAAGAGCAAUAUUUGGUGUGGCCAGCGAAAAUUUGAUCAUUGCAUAAAGUACAUUUGUAAGUUUAUGGUUUAAGGGCACAGAAUUAGCAACUGUAAGGUAUUCUAACUUAAUAUAGGCAAUGGGAAUCAUCAUGACAGUUCCAGAAUUGGGAGGUGCUUUAAAUAGUUUAUUGACUCCUUUGAUCUAUAAUUCUAGUCAAAAGUUAUCAGUGCCACUUUUCGUCAGCGUCGGAUUUUGUUUAUUCUCAUUUUGUUGUGGGGUAGUUUUGGUUUAUCUGGACAAAUACGCAGAAAAAUAUGAUUAAAGAUGUGAGUAAUAAGUUUGA